AUGGUUAGCUCAGACGAAGUUGCGGUGGCCCCUGCUAACAAGCGUCCCCAUUCCGAGGUUGACGCUGCUGACAACGGCGAUGAUUCCUCCUCGGACGAUGACUUCGGUCCCGCACUGCCCUCUGAGGCAGCCCCAAAGAAGAAACGACGAAAGCUGCCCUUCGAGAAGGUGUACGUCAAGGCACUGCCCGCCUCGCCGCGGUACUCCAAGUCGCUGAUGCACAAGGACCAAUUGUCCUUUGUCACGGUCACACCAUUCACGGACUUUGUGAUUACCAGCUCGAUAGAUGGGGUGGUCAAGUUUUGGAAGAAAAUGGCCGACGGCAUUGAAUUUGUGAAGGAGUUCCGUGCCCAUCCAGGCGAGAUUCGAAGUGUCAACGUCAGCGCCGAUGGCCGCAGUUUUGCGACGGCAGGUGUGGAUAAGACGAUCAAGAUCUUUGAUGUUAUCACAUUUGAUCUACUGGCCAUGUACACACUCGAAAUCGUGCCUCGAUGUGUCUGCUGGGUGCAUCGACGAGGCGCAUCUCUACCGUUGCUGGCUGUGACCGAUGAGUCUAGCAGCACCUUCCAAGUCUUCGAUGGACGUGGCGAAAAUCCACAGCCUCUACACACGGUGAAGUCGGUUCACCGCAGCCCGAUCGUCUCAAUGGCAUUCAACAAUGCAUUUGACUGUGUCGUCUCGGCCGAUGAAUCGGGUAUGAUCGAGUAUUGGCGGGCAGGAGAUGGAUCAUUUGAAAAGCCGGACAACGUGUUUGAGCUCAAGUCGUCCACCAACUUGUUUGCGUUUAAAAAGGCCAAGUCCACGGCUACUGCGAUCACUAUUUCCCCCUCUGGCGAACAUUUCGCUACGGUGUCUUUCCCUGAUCGACAGAUCCGCGUGUUCGAAUUCGCGACAGGCAAACUUUACCGUACAUACGACGAGUCUAUCGCAACCAUCAUGGAAAUGCAACAGGCAGGCACUGCCCCCUACCACCUGGAGGAGGUCGAAUUGGGGCGCAGGCUGGCAGUCGAACGAGAAUUGGAAGGAGAAGCAACUCGGAGCAAAGUCAACGUGUCCUUUGACGAGUCCGGCCACUUCUUGCUCUACGGCUCGUUGUAUGGAAUCAAAUGCAUCAACACAUAUACAAAUCGCGUGGUGCGAGUGUAUGGCCGAGAAGAGCCAUUCCGAGCACUGAAUUUGGCUCUGUAUCAGGGCCAGCCCCAGCGCAAGGGUGUGGUCACCGUGUCCAUGGCCGCCAGCAGUAACCCUCUCCUGCAGGAAGCCGAAGAGCGUGAUGCAAUUCUUGUUAGCACUGGAUUCGCCAAGGUCCGCUUCUACCUGUUCACCAACGAGACUGAAAUCUCCAAGGGCAGCCGUGAUGUACAGAACGAGAAGCCCACUCAAGUCGCCGGCGCCUUUGAUACAGGCCCCACCAAGGCUCAGGAGACUGGGACCGCAGCUGUUCUACACACUACCAUGGGAGACAUCCACCUCCGCCUAUUCCCUACCGCUGCCCCUCGCACGGUGGAGAACUUUGUCACCCAUGCCCGGCAAGGAUACUACAACAACACGAUCUUUCACCGAGUGAUCCGCAAGUUCAUGAUUCAGGGUGGUGACCCUCAAGGCGACGGCACGGGCGGCGAGUCCAUCUGGGGCGGGGAGUUUGCGGACGAGUUCUCGAGUUUGCGACAUGACAAGCCGUAUACCUUGUCGAUGGCGAAUGCCGGACCCAACACGAACGGAAGUCAAUUCUUCAUCACGACCGAGAAGACCCCCUGGCUUGACAAUAAACAUACUGUCUUCGGCCGCGCCGUCCAAGGUCUGGACGUGGUGCACAAGAUUGAAAAUGUCAAGACACAUAAGGAAAAGCCCGAGGUGGACGUGAAGAUUGUCAGCAUUAGCAUCUCUUAA